AUGUCGCUGCCACCCCAAGAGCCACCGCGAGGGCCACCGCCUCUCAAUGUCAGCCAUCAAUCCCACAAGGUCAAGAAGCAGCAGCCGCGGCGCCCGUCCGCCGUCGCCUCCCAAUCCCACCACCCCCCUGCUCCUCCGCCGUUGGAAGAUUAUCUGGCUUCGUUGGAACAGCAACUGAUGUCGGACGAUGGCCUGGAGGAACUGCCUCCACUUCCCGAUAACUUGUUGCCGCUACAGAACCCAUUAAUACCGCCACCGCCGCCUAUGAAUGAAAUUCCGAUAGCACCGUUGCAGAGGCCCGCACAGCCAGAUGCCUGGAUAGAUCCUUUCUUGGAACAAAUUCGGUUUCGGAUGUUGAAAGAACGAGAGCAGCGAAUGCAGCAGCAGAACCCAAUACCGCCGUAUCAGCCGGUUAAUUUCCCCCCUGCUCCCACCGCGACUCACUUCUUGCCAAGAACGCCGGAUUCCUUUCCCGCCGGAGCAAGUAGCUUAUACCCGAAUCCUCCUCCUCCUCCUCCUCCGCCAGUUUAUUAUCCACCCCCUCCCGCCGCCGCCGCGAGUAGCUACUUGCCGAAUCCUCCUCCGAGAUUUCAUCCCGUCACAGCAAGUCACUCCUUACCGGGUCCUCCGGACAAUCUUCGCCCCGCAGCGAGCGGCUCCUUGCCGUACAUUCCUCCCCCUGCCGUUGCCGGAGGAAGCAGCAUCUUGCAGACGAUGCCGGUGAAUUCUCCCGCUGCAGGGAGCAGCUUCUGGCCGAGUGCGUCAUCGGAAUAUUCUCCCUCCGCUUCUUCCUCUGCAGCGAGCUUGCCGCCGGAAUCUUCUCCCGACGGUAGCUGUUCGCCGCUCACUGUAGCGGAGGUGGAAUCUUAUUACGACGGAGUAGAUUCUACGCCGCCGUCGUCGCCGCCGCCGGACACCUCCGCCUAA